AUGGGGAUCCCUAGGGCGCCUCUUGCGUCCCUCGUCUUGGCCGUCAUCCUCCUGCAGGUCCGCUGGCCGCGCUGCGCGGCCUCCGAGCGGUGUCGGGCGGGCUUCGGGGAGGCUGAAGUGACCUUGGAAGCGGGAGGCGCGGAGCUGGAGCCCGGCCAGGCGCUGGGGAAAGUAAUUUACACUGACUGUCCUGGGCAAGAGGCAGCUCUGCUUAGCACUGAUGAUGUUGACUUUGCUGUGCUGCAUGAUGGGACCAUCCAAGUGAAACACUAUUUGAAGGAGAGGAAGGUGUUGAAGAGUUCCCCAUCCAAACGUAUCUUACGAAGACGCAAGAGAGAAUGGGUGGCACCACCCCUUUAUAUCCCUGAGAAUGGCAAGGGUCCCUUCCCCCAGAAGCUGUAUCAGCUCAAAUCUAAUAAUGACAGAGGCACCAAGAUCUUCUACAGCAUCACAGGACCUGGCGCUGAUAGUCCUCCUAAGAAUUUCUUUACCAUAGAGAAAGAGAGCGGCUGGUUGUUGUUGAAUAAGCCACUGGACCGAGAGAAGAUUCCCAAGUAUGAGCUCUUUGGCCAUGCUGUGUCCGAGAAUGGACCUUCAGUGGAAGAGCCCAUGAACAUCUCCAUCAUUGUGACAGACCAGAAUGACCAUAAGCCCAAGUUCAUCCAGGAUGUCUUCAGAGGAAGUGUACUGGAAGGGGCAAUGCCAGGCACUCCCGUGAUGCAGGUGACAGCCACAGAUGAGGACGAUGCCGUCAACACCAACAAUGGCGUGGUUGCUUACUCCAUCCAUAGCCAAGAGCCAAAGGAGCCAGAAGACCUCAUGUUCACCAUUCACCGGAGCACGGGCACCAUCAGUGUCAUGCUCAGCGGGCUGGACCGAGAGAGAGUGUCUGAAUACACGCUGACCAUUCAGGCUGCAGACAUGGACGGAGAAGGCUCCACAACCACAGCCACGGCCGUGGUGGAAAUCCUUGAUACCAAUGACCAUGCUCCCGUGUUUGACCCCCAGAAGUAUGAGGCCCGGGUGCCCGAGAACGCAGUGGGCCAUGAGGUCCAGCGGCUAACAGUGACAGAUCAGGACAUCCCAAACUCCCCAGCAUGGCGUGCCACCUACCGCAUUGUGGGAGGUGACGAUGGAGACUAUUUUACCAUCAGUACUGACCCUGAGAGCAACCAGGGUGUCCUGUCAACCAGGAAGGGCUUGGAUUUUGAGGCCAAAACCCAGCACACACUGUACGUUGAAGCAACCAAUGAAAGUCCUUUUGUGGUGAAGCUUGAGACUUCCACGGCCAUCGUAAAGGUCUAUGUGGAGGAUGUGAACGAGCCACCCGAGUUCGUCCCCCCCUCCAAAGUCAUCGAGGUCCAAGAGGGCAUCCUCGCUGGGGAGCCCAUCUGCACCUACAUGGCACAGGACCCUGACAAGGAGAAUCAGAAGAUCAGCUACCACAUCCUGAGAGACCCUGCAGGGUGGCUGGAGAUGGACCCAGACAGUGGACAGGUCACUGCUGCAGGUGUCCUGGACCGGGAGGAUGAGCGCUUUGUGAAGAACAAUUUCUAUGAAGUGAUAGUCUUGGCCACAGAUGACGGGAGUCCUCCAACUACCGGCACGGGGACGCUCCUGCUAAUGCUUAUCGACGUCAAUGACCACGGCCCUGUCCCGGAGCCCAGUCAGAUCACCAUCUGCAACCAGGACCCUGUGCCCCAAGUGCUGAACAUCACAGACAAGGACCUGUCCCCACACACAUUCCCCUUCCGGGCUCAGCUCACCCACGAUGCAGACAUGCACUGGACAGCAGAGGUCAACGAGAAAGGAGACACAGUGGCCUUGUCCCUGAAGAAAUUUCUAAAGCAAGACACAUAUGAUGUGCACCUAUCUCUGUUCGACCACGGUGACAAAGAACAGUUGACGGUGAUCAGGGCAACUGUGUGUGACUGUGAUGGCCACGUGGAGACCUGUCCUGAGCGCUGGAAGGGGGGUUUCGUCCUCCCCAUCCUGGGGGCUGUCCUGGCUCUGCUACUCCUCUUGUUGGUACUCCUCUUGUUGGUGAGAAAGAAGCGAAAGGGCAAGGAGCCUCUUCUGCUCCCAGAAGACGACACUCGGGACAACGUCUUCUACUACGGUGAAGAAGGAGGUGGCGAAGAAGACCAGGACUAUGACAUCACCCAACUCCACCGGGGUCUGGAGGCCCGACCUGAGGUGGUUCUUCGCAAUGAUGUGGCACCCACCUUCAUCCCCACACCCAUGUACCGGCUCCGUCCAGCCAACCCAGAUGAAAUUGGCAACUUCAUCGUCGAGAACUUGAAGACAGCGAACAGCGACCCCACUGCCCCACCCUAUGAUUCCCUGCUGGUGUUCGACUACGAGGGCAGCGGGUCAGACGCCGCCUCCCUGAGCUCCCUUACCUCGUCUGCCUCUGACAAGGACCAGGACUAUGACUAUCUGAACGAGUGGGGCAGCCGCUUCAAGAAGCUGGCCGACAUGUACGGGGGCGGUGAGGAGGACUAG